GGCCCAAAGUUAAAAACGUCAACUCUUGGGGAAUUACAAUUCAUUGCUAUUUCUGAUAUUAAAAAAUUUCACUCUUUCUGCUGAUUUUGUCGCUCAUUUUUUCCCGAGAAAGUUACAUCUUCUUCUCCAGCCAGGUAAAUAUGUAAUAUCUGGGUCUGGGUUUUCCUUUUUCCUUCCUGGGUUUACUCUUUUCAGUAUCCCCAGGAAGAUUUCUUUGUUAAAAUGUUGGCUCUGAGGCAAAUACGGAGAGCUUGUGCUGUAUAGGAAGUUAUUCUAUCAAUUGGGUUUUCUUUUCUUUGGUUUUGUCGUCUUUUUUUGGACUGUGGAGUGCUUCAAGGAGAUCAAUUACUUGAUGAAAUUCCGCUAUGCCAUGGUGUGUUCGUCGAAUCAGAAUCGAAGCAUGGAGGCUCACUCCCUGCUCAAGAGGCAAGGCUUUGAUGCGUCCUCCUAUGGAACAGGGGCUCAUGUUAAGCUCCCGGGACCCUCCCUCAGAGAGCCAAAUGUCUAUGACUUUGGAACCCCUUACAAACAAAUGUUCGAUGAUCUCAGGCGGAAAGACCCUGACCUUUACAAGCGUAAUGGCAUAUUGCCGAUGCUUAAAAGGAAUUCAUCUGUCAAAUUGGCACCUCAACGUUGGCAAGAGAAUGCUUCUGAUGGUUCAUUUGAUGUGGUGUUCACUUUUGAAGAAAAGGUUUUCGAUAUGGUUGUUGAGGAUCUCCAUAGUAGGGAUCAAGCUUUUAUGAGAAGCGUGCUGGUGAUUAACUUGGAAGUAAAAGAUAACCAUGAGGAGGCAGCCAUUGGCGCUCAACUUGCUUUAGAUCUGUGCCAAAUGAUCGAAGCUUCUGACUCAUGGGAGGAUUCAAUUGAUGAGAUUAUAGCUGCAUUUGAGACAAAACACAGACGGAAGCUUUUGUAUAGCAUCUCAUUCUAUUGAAGAUAACACUUGCAUAUCUAUGAUUGACAAACUUUAUAUUAGGGUGGCUUCUUUUUUUUUUUUUUUUCCCUUUAGAUGUAAAAAGUUAUACAACGUUGUUCUAAAAUAAUUUAAAGAAUUUUGCUUCAUUCUUUUUGUUGGGUUUAUUGAGGUGAAAUACAGAAAUCAAUAUCUGGGAAUUUGGAUAUUGUACAGUGC